AUGUCUCGAAUUAUGUCUAUAACAGAAGAAUUAAAAUUGAAGUUAAAAUCAGUCAGAAAAAUUAAACUAAGAAAUGAAAGAAGCGUGUUCACCUUACAUUCUGAAGAACUCGCUUUGACUCAAGAAGUUAAUCUUAUUAAAGAUGAAACAGAAUCUAUUUCGCAUCAGCUCGAGGAUGUUAAAAAAGAAAUGUUUCAAUUAAAAUACCAAAAUACCAUGAUCGAUAUAUGCAGCGAAUCAGAAAUAUCCAAAGUUAAAAGUCAUAUAAUUAGUAUUAACAAUCAUAAAAAAGAUUUUGACAAUUUAUUUGCUAAAGAACGUGAUGCUUUGGAACUUCAACACAUGGAAUUGAGAGCUAAAAGAGCUGAGAAUGAAGAAUUAGAACGUCAAAAAUAUUCAAAAAUUUUAGAAAUCAAUGAACAGAAGGCAAAAGAGGCUGCCGCCAUAGAAGAAGAGAGCAAAGCUUUGGAAAAGGAAUGUAAUAUUUUGAGGAAAAGGAAUAAAGCUAUAAUGCUGAUGCUGAGACGUAAAUUGAUAGAAGCUGAAGAAACGAGGCGUAAUCUCAUGAAGAAGAACUAAAUUGUGAUACAGCAUUGAAUACAUUUCAUCUUCUUCUAUAUUUUUAUUCUGUAACACUAAUUUAUGCAUAUAGCAUUUAUAGUUAU